AUGGUUUGUCUAUGGGUAGCCUGGUCUUUGGGCCCGUCUUUGGAUAGCGUCAUCGAGACGACCAAAGAAGGCGAGUUCAACCCCAAAACGACUCUUCAAAUCAUGGAUCAAGUCAUCACCCGCAUCCAAGCUCUCCACGAACGCCAAUGGAUCCACCGCGGCAUCAAGCCCGACAACUUUUGCAUUGGUCCCAUCGGGAGCAAGAGCGAGGACAUGGUGUACUUGAUCGACUUUGAUGAUGCGUACAAAUACAUCUCGCCGUAUGGGAACCAUUCCAGAGACUGGGGGGACAAUCAGGGAAACUGGAAUUGGACGUCGUUGGCCGUGGAUGAAGGGCGGCAGACGAUUCGGUGGGAUGAUAUGGAAUCCGCUGGUUAUAUGGCCGUUAACUUUCUCAAGGGGUGGCAUGGUGACUCGUCCCGCAACAGUCAUUCGACAAUGGGCUCUGCAGAGAAGGACACUUCCCUCGACGAUCUCUGCAAAGACGUCCCCCAAGAGUUCAUCACAUACCUCGCCUACUGCCGCUCACUUGAAUACACCCAGCAGCCCGACUAUGACUAUUGCCGCCGGCUUUUCCAACAAGUGUUUGAGAGAGAAGGGUUCAGAGAUGAUGGAGUGUACGACUGGAUGGCCCCGCAGAGUGCUGGCGAAUCGGAGAAGCUGAUCGGCCAACUUUCCUCCGAUGAUGUUGAGAACAGCGAGCAGUCUGAAGAGAGCUGUUCGUCGGCUGGUUCGGGUGCUGACACUACUGUUGAACAUUCUCUUAUCAGCCAGCCUGAGACGACUGAAGCAGGUCCUUCCCAGUGUCUGGGUUUUAAAACUCGCCAUGUUAUAAGGGAUUGA